CUCAAAAAAAUCAUUUUCCUUGCACAGAAGUCAACUCUCUCUCUUUCUCUCUCUCUCUUACAUCUUCUUCAACCCCUGUCCUGUCUACCAUGUCUGAACAACUUCAAUUGUAAUCUAACCUUUUGAAUUUCUCUAAAACUCAUCACUGUUUCUCAAUUUUCAAGAGAAAAAAAAGAAUCGGUCUUCAUCGGUGCUUACUUAGAUGGGUAACGGAAUCACGAAGCUGAGUAAAUGUUUCACCGGCGGAGGAGAAACCCGCCGGAAAAACGAAACGAAGAUUCUCGAACCGGAUCCUCUCGACGAAGGCCUCGGCCACUCCUUCUGCUACGUCCGACCCGACCCGACCCGAAUCUCUUCUUCCAAAGUCCACUCGGAGGAAGACACGACGACGACGACGUUCCGCACGAUCUCCGGCGCGUCGGUGAGCGCGAACGCCGCGACUCCCCUCUCCACCUCUCUCUACGAUCCGUACGGACACAUCGACAGAGCCGCCGCGUUCGAGAGCACGACGUCGUUCGCCUCGAUCCCUCUGCAGCCGAUACCCAGAGGCUCCGGUCCGAUCGUCCCCGGUUCGGGUCCGCUGGAGAGAGGAUUCCUCUCCGGUCCGAUCGAGAGGGGAUUCAUGUCCGGUCCGAUCGACGGUUUGGGUUUAUUCUCCGGUCCGCUCGGCUCCGAAUCGGAUCAGUUCCAGCGUAGCUUCUCUCACGGUUUAGCUAACCGGUUCGGGUCGAGAAAAGGAUACCUAGCUCGGGUUCUCCGUCGGGCGAUCUCGAAGACGAUUAACCGGGGACAGAACUCCAUCGUGGCUCCGGUUAAAACGGUUAAAGAGCCCGACUGGGUAGUCGGGUCGGAUAAGACCCGGAACCAGCAGCCCCACAACGAGAAUCUCACGGUGAACAGCUUGAAUUUCAGCAGCGAAGGGAGCUUGGAGGACGACGUGUCGCUCGAGAGCCAGAAUCUCCAGUGGGCUCAGGGGAAAGCCGGGGAGGAUCGUGUACACGUGGUCGUAUCGGAAGAGCACGGGUGGCUCUUCGUCGGAAUCUACGAUGGAUUCAACGGUCCAGAUGCGCCGGAUUAUCUUCUCUCUCAUCUGUAUCCAGCUGUUCAUCGUGAGCUCAAGGGGUUGUUAUGGGACGAUCCGAAACUCGACUCGAGUCUUUCCUCCGAUGGCGUUGAUUAUCAGGACAGUAACGGUCCUCGUCCGAGCGAAAACUGUGAUCCGAGUUCGGAGAAAAAGUCAAAGAGCGAUUGUCGGAAGUCAAAGAAAUGCGAGGAAAGUCAACGGCGGUGGAGAUGCGAGUGGGAUCGAGAAAGGCUCGAUCUGGACCGUUUAUUAAAGGAGAAAAUCAACAAGAGGACAAACGGGUCGGAUCCGGAUCCGGAUCCGAACUCUUCGGACGUGUUGAAGGCCUUGUCGGAAGCUCUGAGGAAGACGGAAGAGGCGUAUCUAGAGAAUGCGGAUAUGAUACUCCACGAGAAUCCUGAGCUGGCUUUGAUGGGUUCUUGUCUUCUUGUGAUGUUGAUGAAAGGCGAAGAUGUUUAUUUGAUGAAUGUGGGAGAUAGUAGGGCUGUGCUUGGUCAGAAAGCUGAGAAUGAGUACUGGAUGGGGAAGAUAAGACAAGACUUGGAACGAAUCAACGAAGAAACUAUGAUUGAUUUUAAUGGCACUUGGGAAGGAGAACGAGCUAGUUUGGUGCCGAAUCUAUCUGCGUUUCAGCUUACCGUUGAUCAUAGCACAAAUGUAGAAGAGGAAGUUGAUAGAAUAAGAAAGGAGCAUCCAGAUGAUGCUAGUGCGGUGUCGAAUGAACGUGUUAAAGGUUCGUUGAAGGUCACAAGAGCUUUUGGUGCAGGUUUCCUCAAGCAGCCAAAAUGGAACAAUGCGCUCCUCGAAAUGUUCCAAAUCGAUUACAUAGGGACGUCACCUUACAUCAAUUGCUUGCCAGCACUUUACCACCAUAGAUUAGGCUCUAAAGACCAGUUUCUAAUACUAUCAUCAGAUGGUCUCUACCAAUACUUCACUAAUGAAGAAGCGGUUUCAGAGGUGGAACUCUUCAUCACGUUACAACCUGAAGGUGACCCUGCUCAACACUUGGUUCAAGAACUUCUUUUCCGUGCUGCCAAGAAAGCUGGUAUGGAUUUCCAUGAACUGCUUGAGAUACCACAAGGGGAACGGAGACGGUACCACGAUGAUGUUUCUAUUGUAGUGAUCUCUUUAGAAGGAAGAAUGUGGAAGUCUUGUGUAUAAAAAGUAUAAUCAAAACCAUAUCAUAAACAGAGAGAAACUCGGAGAAGACGUGCAAAUAUGUAUUAUGUUAAUAAUAAUCAUUAAGAAAAAAGUUUUGCCUCA